UGCAGUUCUCUCGCGCCUAAUUCGUGGCUGGUUCUUUCUGCAAGUUCCUCUUCUCAUCGUACAGAAGACAGCUUUGGGUCCUGAUGUCGGGCUUUGAAGCGUCCAGGAGUGAGACUUGGAUUUUCUAACAUACUUGAACACAGGAUCCAAGGGUAUUGGAGAGGAACCUGGUCCUUCAAGAGCUCUACAAACCAUAAAAAUGAGUCCUGCAGAUUCGCUUGAUGAUGGAAAUACAUUUAAAAUCUUAGUUGCGACUGAUAUUCAUCUUGGAUUUAUGGAGAAAGAUGCAGUCAGAGGAAAUGAUACAUUUGUCACACUUGAUGAAAUUUUAAGACUUGCCCAGGAAAAUGAAGUGGAUUUUAUUUUGUUAGGAGGUGAUCUUUUCCAUGAAAAUAAGCCCUCAAGAAAAACAUUACAUACUUGCCUCGAGUUGUUAAGAAAAUAUUGUAUGGGUGAUCGACCUGUACAGUUUGAAAUCAUCAGUGAUCAGUCAGUCAACUUUGGUUUUAGUAAGUUUCCAUGGGUAAACUACCAGGAUAGCAAUCUCAACAUUUCAAUUCCGGUGUUUAGUAUUCAUGGCAAUCAUGAUGAUCCCACAGGGGCAGAUGCACUCUGUGCCCUGGAUAUUUUAAGUUGUGCCGGAUUUGUAAAUCACUUUGGACGUUCAAUGUCUGUGGAGAAGAUAGAUAUUAGCCCGGUUUUACUUCAAAAAGGAAGCACAAAAAUUGCUCUUUAUGGUUUAGGAUCCAUUCCAGAUGAAAGGCUCUAUCGAAUGUUUGUCAAUAAAAAAGUAACAAUGUUGAGACCAAAAGAAGAUGAGAACUCUUGGUUUAACUUGUUUGUGAUUCAUCAGAACAGGAGUAAACAUGGAAGUACUAACUUCAUUCCAGAACAGUUUUUGGAUGACUUCAUUGAUCUCAUUAUCUGGGGCCAUGAACAUGAGUGUAAAAUAGCUCCAACCAAAAAUGAACAACAACUCUUUUAUGUAUCACAGCCUGGAAGUUCAGUAGUUACUUCUCUUUCCCCAGGAGAAGCUGUGAAGAAACAUGUUGGUUUGCUGCGAAUUAAGGGGAGGAAGAUGAAUAUGCAAAAAAUUCCUCUUCGUUCAGUACGGCAAUUUUUUAUGGAGGAUGUUGUUCUGGCUAACCAUUCAGACAUUUUCAACCCAGAUAAUCCUAAAGUAACCCAAGCCAUACAAAACUUCUGUUUGGAGAAGGUCGAAGAAAUGCUUGAAAAUGCUGAACGAGAAAGGUUAGGAAAUUCUCAACAGCCAGAGAAACCUCUUAUACGACUGCGAGUGGAUUAUAGUGGAGGUUUUGAACCUUUCAAUGUUCUUCGCUUUAGCCAGAAAUUUGUGGAUCGGGUAGCCAAUCCAAAAGAUAUUAUCCAUUUUUUCAGGCAUAGAGAACAAAAAGAAAAAACAGGAGAAGAGAUCCACUUUGGGAAACUUAUCACAAAACCUUCAGAAGGCACAACCCUCAGGGUAGAAGACCUUGUAAAACAAUAUUUUCAAACUGCAGAGAAGAAUGUUCAGCUCUCACUGCUAACAGAAAGAGGGAUGGGUGAGGCAGUACAAGAAUUUGUAGACAAGGAAGAAAAAGAUGCCAUUGAAGAAUUGGUGAAAUACCAGUUGGAAAAAACACAGAGAUUUCUUAAAGAACGUCAUGUCGAUGCCCUAGAGGAUAAAAUCGAUGAAGAGGUGCGUCGUUUCAGAGAAAGCAGACAAAAAAAUACUAAUGAAGAAGAUAAUGAAGUUCGAGAGGCAAUGAAUAGGGCCAGAGCUCUCAGGUCUCAGUUGGAAGACUCUGCUUCUGCCUUCAGUACUGAUGACCUCAUGAGUAUAGAUUUAGCAGAACAGACGGCAAAUGACUCUGAUGACAGUAUCUCAGCAGCACACAACAGAGGAAGAGGCCGAGGUAGAGGGCGAAGAGGAGGCAGGGGGCAAAAUUCUGCACUGAGAGAAGCAGCUCAUAGAAGCAGAGGCACUGUUCUGGAGACUUAUACUCGAAGCAGGAGCUCAAAGGCCACUGUGUCAACAUCUAGAAAUAUGUCUAUUACAGAUGCUUUCAAAUCUACCAAACAGCAACCCUCUCAAAAUGUUUCUAAGAAUUAUUCAGAGGUAAUUGAAGUAGAUGAAUCCGAUGAGGAAGAAGAAAUUUUUCCUACCGCUUCAAGAACAGAUCAAAGGUGGUCAAGCACAUCAUCCAGCAAACGCAUGUCCCAAAGCCAAAUACCUAAAGGUGUCGAUUUUGAAUCAUGUGAGGAUGAUGAUGAUGAUGAUCCUUUUAUGGCCAUUGGCUCUUUAAGAAGAAAUAGAAGAUAACAUAUUUAAUCAAACCUAGAAAUUUUCAAGAUGCAGGAAAAAAUUCAAAAACUUGCAAGCUGAGUUUACAGUUGAAGGUGUUUUAGGUAUUGCUGUUAACUAAGGGAUUUGAACAGAAAAAUCUAAUGUAUAGUAGUUUAUAUUUUUAAGUAUUAUUUCCUGAACAUGACUGUAUUACUUAUUUCCUAGCUUAAUGCUAUAAGAAUAGCAUUGGUUCUCCUUAUUAUUAAUCUGGUUGUUACCAUUAGCUUGGGAUGCUCUAUAAAAUUUAGAAUCUUUGGUUUGUGAUAUUAGUGUGUAACCUGCUAAAUAUGAGCUUUGCAUAAAUACUGUUCUCAAAUGACAAUUAAAAUAAAUAUAACGUUACACAUUUCUGCUUCCUGAUCAGAAACUGUCAGUAUCUAAAUUUACAUUUAACCAAAGUUGAAGGGAAAAGCAUACACAUUUUAAUCUCUUCACAAUUUUAAUAAUUUCCUAGAGACUCUGGAUUUCCUGUAAGUAUAACAUUCUGUAUGAAACUGCCUAGGCUCACUGUUACUAAGUAUGUGUAUGUUUUCCAAUCUUUUUUAUGGCAUCAGCCCCUAAGAUUUGAAUGAUUAAGUGUAAGAUUUUUGUUUAAGGGGGGGGCAGUCUGUUAAAAUUUCUCCGUUUUCGAUUCCAGUUGUAGCAAAGACUCAAAAGAUUCUGAUCCCAUUGACUUAUAGUAAUUU